GCUGCUCUCUCUCUCUCUAAAAGUCUCAAUCUACUCUCUCUCUCUAAGUCUCAAUCUACCCUUUCUCUCUCAAACUCUCAAUUGCCCUUUUUUGUUGCGCGCGUUCACUGUGCUUAAUCUCUUCCUCCCGCCUUUCUCUCUCUAACCUAAAUCUCUCUUUUCAGCUCUGGACAUUGAUCUCUCUCUUACAGUGUUAUAUUUCUUCUAUCUUUAUCUAUGGGUUUCACUCUCUACUCUUUCCCUCUCUAUACACCACAACUGAGACUCAGAGGGAAUCAACCCAUUCGGCUUUCUCUCACUAAACCAUUUCCUUGUGCUUAAAGCCCCUGUCUCUCACCUCCCUCUCUCUCUUCCCUCUCUUUACUCCCUCUCUCUCUUCCCUCUCUUUACUUCUCUCUCUAGCUCGCCCCCAAAACCUGACUGCGAGUUUAAGGCAAACGGCUCUCUCUCGCUCUAGAAACCAUAGCCCCUGAGAGAAAAAAAGAAAAUAGAGAGAGAGAGAGAGAGAGAGAGAGAGAGAGAGAGUGUGUGUGUGCCAGUCUCCAUGGAUGCUCUCGUGUACCACCCCUAUCUCCCUUCUUCAACCCUACCCUCCUCCUUACCGGACCUCAACUCCACCCCAACCCCAGUCCAUAUCAAAGAGGAACCUCAUGAAAAUCUCUUCAACUCACCGGAUAACCUCUUCACCUUGCCGGAAAACCAUUCCAUCCUUUGUAACCUAACCCUAAACAACCCAUUUCUCCCAUUGCCGAUCAAAUGUGAGCUACCUGAAAACCACCCUAUCUUUCGGGAAAGCCAAAUUGUCUCGCCUGAAAAUGACUCAAUCUUGCCUGGAAGCCAACGCAUCUUGCUGGAAAGCCAAUCUAUGUUACCGGAUAGUGACUCAAACUUGCCAGAGAACCCCUUAAGCUUGCCGGAGAGACACUCAAUAAUGCCAGAGAACCACUCAAGCUUGCCGGAAAACCAAUCAGCCUGUUUUCCUAGGGUUUUGGUUUCGGAGCAGGAAUACGAGAGGCUUUGUUCUAUAGUUAGGGUUGCAUUUGCAGACAGGAUGCGGCAGUAUUCUGAUAUGGAGGUCCUUGGCCCUGAUCUCAAGCCAGUUCUCAAAAAAGAACAGAACUUUGAUCACCUAAACAAGGUAUGGAUGAAUAAUCCCCAUUUUUCUAGCAGUAGAGUUCCUGAAUAUGGAGGUUUGGAUCCUCGGCCUGCAAGGUAUGAGCCACAUUUUCCUGAGCUCUCUUUGGUUACUUUUUCUGAAAAUGGAAUUUUGAAUGAGCUUCCAAGGAAUAAUUCACAAGCUCUAGAGCUUGUUAGGUUCUCUGAGGACCUAACCCUGCACCCUCAACCCAAUAUUCUAAGGAGAAAUUCACAAUCGUCAGUUAGGGUUUUUGAUGAUCAAGCCAACACUUUGAGGACCAAUUCACAGUCGUUAGAGCUCGUUAGAUUUUCAGAAAGCCGACCUAAGAUUCCUCGCAAGAAAACAUGCUCUUGGGAGAUUGUUAGGGUUUCAGAGGAUCAAAAUCUUUACAGUAAUGGUUCACAGUCAUUCGAGCUCGUCAAGGUUGGUGUUUCUAAUGCCAUCGACCUUCCUGAAAGUGUUUACAGGUCACAAGUAAGAACUACAAGGAUGACCUAUGAAGCCCUAAGGUUCUUUUUCAUGCAAAAAGAAGAAGAACCUAGUGACAACUGUACUCUUGCUGAAGCCAUGAGACCGAGGGCUGGUUUAAGACCCAGGUUUGAUUUGAAAGCAGCCACCACCAUGCACAACAGAGGGAUCUUUCUAAAUCGGGACCGGGUUGUAGGUUCCAUUCCUGGUAUUUCAGUGGGCGAUCUCUUCUUUUACAGGGUGGAAAUGGCUGUCUUAGGAGUACACAGGCAAAUUCAGGCUGGUAUCGAUUACAUUCCCGCAAGUAGAACUAAUACUGGAGAACCCAUUGCAACAAGCAUAAUUGCAUCAGGGGGGUAUGAAGAUGAUGAUGAUCAUGGUGAGGUUUUGGUAUAUACAGGCCAUGGAGGUAGGGACUAUGGGGUUUCAAAGCAUUCACUUCAUCAAAAACUUGAAAGGGGGAACCUUGCACUUGAAAAAAGCAGGCAUUAUGGGAUUAAUGUCAGGGUUAUCAGAGGCUUUAAGCGCAAUGACGCUCCAACUGGUAGGGUGUAUGUUUAUGAUGGGCUUUAUAGCAUUCAGAAUUCUUGGUCAGAAAUUGGAAAGUCUGGUUUUUCAGUGUAUAAGUACAGGUUAGUAAGAAUUCCCAAUCAACCGGAAAUGGGUAGCUCGGUUAUUAAGUUUGUGGAUAGUCUGAAAUCAAAUUCUUUUGUUAGACCCUGUUACUUUCAUGCACAACUUUCGAUGGGGAAAGAGAAGGUUCCUGUGAUCCUAUUUAAUGAUGUUGAUAUGGAUAGUGGGCCAUUGGGCUUCGAAUAUUUUCCUAGUCCUAUAUACCCUAUGUUUGUGUUUCAGCAGGGGGAUAGGAGAGGUGGGUGUAACUGUCUUGGUGGUUGUGUUGUGGAUUGUUCUUGUAUAUCGGUAAAUGGAAAUCGGUUUCCUUAUGAUCAUAAUGGGAUUUUAAUGAAAGGCAGGCCUUUGAUCUAUGAAUGUGGAAUGAAUUGCCGUUGCCCUCCUUCUUGUAGAAAUAGGGUUACCCAAAAGGGCGUGAAAUUUCAUUUGGAGGUGUUUAGGAAUAGGGAAAAUGGUUGGGGGGUUAGAUCAUUGGACUUGAUCCCUGCUGGUGCUUUUAUCUGUGAGAUUAGUGGUCAGAUACUUACUAGGCAGCAGGCCACUGUUGCCUCCAUGAAUGGGGCAAGUCUCAUUUAUGCAAAGCAAUUUGAAGAUAGCUGGGUAGAGUGGGGCAAUAUAUCUCAGUUUUUUCCUGAAUUGUUUGACCCAACUCACCAACUUCGUCCAGAGUUGAGUUUCGCCAUUGAUGUUUCUAGAGUGAGAAAUGUUGCUUGCUAUUUGAAUCAAAGUUGUAGCCCCAAUGUAAUGGUGCAAUGUGUGUUAUAUGAUCAUCAGAAUGCUUGUUACCCUCAUCUAAUGAUUUUCGCAAUAGAAAACAUCCCGCCUAUGAGAGAAUUGACUAUUGAUUAUGGGGUGGUAGGUGGAUGAACGGCACUAUUGUAGCAUAAUGUUUAAAAUAAGGUGGUGAGCUUUUUGGAAUUGUAGAUAGUCUUUUUGAAAUGGAUGUUGAAACUCGAAUUUGGUAGGACUUUCUGGGAACUCCUUUGAAGUUGAGAGCAUAAGUUUGAGACUCUCUGUUGGAGCAAUGUUUCUUUCUUGGUUCUGGUUCCUAGCCUGGGGUAAUGCAUGGUUUUUUUAUCACUGGUGCUUGGAUAAUUAUCCUGUCUAUUUUACUAUAGACAUCUGUGCCCUAUUCAGUUUUGCAUUGUUUUUGGUAUCAUGCAUAUGCAUUCACUGACUCAGGGAUUACUAUGAGUCUAGACAUAUCUGUGCACCCAACAUGAAUACAAAGAAAUCACAAACUUUUGUGGAUAAUUAGUGGCUGUCCUUCUUGGUGCUCACAAAAGGAGCUGUGAUUUGACAUGAUGAUUUGAGAAUUUUUCACUGGAUAUUUGUAGUCCUUUGCAUGAUGGAAAAUAGGGCUCUUUGGAGCGAUGUGAUUGAUGCCUUAAAAUAGCAAAUUGGCCAAUGAUAAGUUGAACAGAAAGAUAUUGGUGGUGACCAGAUUGUUGUUGAAGGUGUUCAAGUUGGAUUUGUAAUGAGCUCAGAAGCUAAAGUGUACCACAUAUUGCUCUUCAUUUACUUUUAUUUUAUUUUAAACCUUAUAUCCAGUACCCAAGGACUAGAUGACAUCUGAUCCAACUUACAGUUUGAGUUGUAGAAAUGUGUCUCAAUUUCAUUCAAUGAUAAUUUCACAUGUUAA